AUGAAGGACUCCAUCCCUAUUCCGCACGAGUGGUACCAGCCAGGGGACCUCCUCAUUGGUGGGAUUGCUUUCCUGAGUGUUUACCAUUUCCAUGAACUAACCUUCAAUGGCCAUCCUUCACAGGAGCUGCUCAAGCUACCACAUAUGUUCACGAAGUUCUACCAGCACAUCCUUGCAUUGGUGUUUGCAGUAAAUGAGAUCAAUGAGAACCCCAAGAUCUUGUCCAAUGUCACUCUCGGGUUCCACAUCUAUGACAGCUACAGUGACCUGAGGAUGGCCUAUCGAACUAUUCUGGAUAUGUUGUUCAAACUGCAUAGAUAUUUUCCAAACUAUGAAUGUGACACUCGAAAAAACCUAAUGGCUGUCAUUGGGGGACUCAGCUCUGAUAUCUCCUUCUGUAUGGCAAACAUCCUCCAUCUUUACAAGAUUCCGCAGCUCCCGUAUGGCUCAUUUGCCUCCAAGGAGAGGGAUGCAACACAAGUGACUUCAUUUAUUCAUAUGAUUCCUAAUGAAUCUCGUCAGUAUAUGGGGAUUAUCUGGUUGCUUCAGCAUUUUGGAUGGAGAUGGGUUGGGCUCUUUGCUGCAGAUGAUGAUGACGGAGAACAUUUCCUGCAGGUACUGGAGCCAUUGCUGUCCCAGAAUGGAAUAUGUUUGGACUUCACAGAAAGAAUCUUAAGCCAAGAGCAUUUUAAUUCCUUAUAUGUUAUUGCAGAUUUAGUCUCAAAUAUAUAUGUGCCUCUCAUUGACAGCAAAGCCAACACAUUUAUCCUCUAUGGAGAUAGUAAGACUAUUGCAGCACUUAAUACUUUGCUGCUACUAGGCAAUCUGAAAUACAAGGAAAUCUCUUCGUUUAGGAAGGUGUGGGUUAUGACUACCCAGGUGGAUUUUGCAUUAUCAGGCUUUCAAAAGGGAUGGGAUUUUGAGUUCUUCCAUGGUGCCCUUGUCUUCAGAAUUCACUCAAAGGAGCUUCUAGAAUUCCACAAAUUUCUUCAGGACAUGAAACCUCCUGGGAAACAAGGAGAUGGUUUCUUCAAGGACUUCUGGGAGCAAGCAUUUGACUGUACAUUUUCCAAUGCCUUGGAGCCUACAGAUGCUAAUGGUACAUGUACUGGGGAGGAGGCGUUGGAGAUCCUCCCUGUGACUGUUUUUGAAAUGCACACAACUGGCCACAGCUACAGUAUCUACAAUGCUGUCUAUGCCAUAGGGCACACUUUGCAACUCAUCGACUCUUCCAUAUCCAAGGAGAGAUUGAUGAUGGGUGGUCAAAGAGCUGAACUUCAAGAUGUCUCACCUUGGCAGAUUGACCCGUUCCUUCAAGGCAUUUUAUUUAAUAACUCAGCUGGUGAAACAAUAUCCUUUAAUGAUAACCGAGAAAUGGGAGCUGGAUUGGACAUAAUGAACUUGGUCACUUUCCCAAACAAAUCCUUCAAGAUGGUGAAUGUUGGAAGAGUGGAUCCCAGUGAUGUGGAAGGGAAAGAAUUCAUGAUUCAUGAGGAUUUGAUUGUCUGGCCAAGAAGUUUUAAUAAGGGACAGCCCUUGUCUCUGUGUAAUGACCGCUGCAAGCCCGGCUACCAGAAGAAAAAGAAGGAAGGGGAGAACUUUUGCUGCUAUGAUUGUGCUCCAUGCCCAGAAGGGAAGAUCACAGACAAGACAGAUAUGGAGGAUUGUAUCAAAUGUCCAGAAGAUCAGCAUCCAAGGACAGAACAUGAUCGAUGUGUGCCCAAGACUCUACAGUUUCUGUCUUAUCAAGAACUUUUAGGGAUCACUUUGACAGCCGUUGCUCUUUCUUUUUCCCUGAUCACAUUUUGGGUUCUAGCAAUUUUCAUCACACACCAAGAUACCCCCAUAGUUAAGGCCAACAACCGCCAUAUCACCUACGCUCUCCUCAUUUCCCUCUUGCUGUGCUUCCUCUGUUCCUUGCUCUUCAUUGGACGACCUGGGCAGAUGACCUGUUCCAUCCAACAAUCUGCUUUCAGUAUCAUCUUUUCAGCGGCUGUUUCCUGUGUGCUGGCCAAAACCAUCACUGUGGUUGUAGCUUUCAUGGCUACCAAACCGGGAUCCAACAUCAGGAAAUGGGUGGGGAAAAGACUGGCCAACUUCCUUGUCCUUUCCUGUUCCCUUAUUGAAGUGUCCAUUUGUAUCGUGUGGCUGGGAACCUCCCCCCCGUUUCCAGAUUCUGACGCACAUUCGCUGACUAGGGAGAUCAUAGUUCAGUGCAAUGAAGGAUCCGCCGUCCUGUUUUACAUUUCCUUGGGCUACUUGGGACUUCUGUCCCUUGUCAGCUUGAGUGUGGCUUUCCUAGCCAGGCAUCUGCCAGACAGCUUUAAUGAAGCCAAGUUCAUCACCUUCAGCAUGCUGGUAUUUUGCAGUGUUUGGGCGUCUUUCCUUCCAACCUACCUGAGCACCAAAGGGAAAUACAUGGUCGCCGUGGAGGUCUUUUCUAUCUUGGCAUCUGGUGCUGGGUUGCUGAUCUGCAUCUUUUCCCCCAAAUGCUACAUUAUUGUUCUGAGGCCUGAGCUGAAUAAUAGGGAACAGCUAAUGAGGAGGGCAAAAAAUUAA